CUUGAAGACAAUGGAUUUAAACUUACUGAGUCCAAUGAAUCUCGAUAUCUCUGUCAUUCAUGUUACAGUAACAUGAUAGUAAAUCCGGUAAAUAAAAGAAAGCGGAAGGAGGAAAAACAUACGACUAUCAAACGAAUUAAGCGAACUGUUAAUCACUCCCAUAGCAUUAGUAAUCAUAAUGUAGAUUCUACAACUAUGGUGUUAGACAAAUACAUAUUAGUUCCUAAAGGUGAAUAUAAGGAAUUAGUAUCCCGAAAAGAGAUUAAUCAACUUGGUCAAGAUUUAAUUCAAGCUAAAGAAGAGAUACAAAAUUUGCGAACAAAAUUAGUGAUGCGAAAUCAAGAUUCUGAAAAAUUCAAAAGUAUGUUGUGCUAUUAUGUUAAAGCUCUUACCGAUGCUCUGUAUGAUUAUCAAUACCGACAGCGCAAAGAUGUUUUAUAUGAUCCUGAUGAUUUUAUAACAAUGUUGAACAAUUAUAAUCCGAAUUUAAAAUCAUUUUUUGAUGCGAUGGUUGAAAUGACUAGUCCAAAAGGAAAGAAUAGCGAAGUUAACAAACGUAGAAUCGUUGGUAUUUGCUAUGAAUUCGCUGGAAUGUGUAAUAAAUUUGUUAAUUUAAUGAAGGUAAUAUAUUAA